AUGGGUACGAAAAAAGGGAUGAAACCGCAGAUUAAGGGUCUUCCGGACGAUGUGUUUGAUAGGCAAUUGGAGACAUUACUCGCUGAGAAGGAUACCAAAAUGCCCCGAUUGUCAAAUAUCGAGGGGAUUGAUGAAAUCAUCGACAACGCGACCACCGCCAAGCAGCCAGCGACCAACGAUGGGAUCGGUAUGUGGUAG